AUGGCUCCCCGACUGCCUGUCUGGAAGCAUGCACAAAUCGAGGGUUUGCUUCGUCGUGGAACUGAAUAUGCUGUGAUAGCUGAACAUGUUGGCUGCAGUGACCGCGCUGUGCGCAGAAUAGAAGCGAAACUUAAACGGUUCGGAACCACGACGUCGCCUCCAACCCGUGUUGGCCGCUAUGGCAAGAUCGACCCCUUCAUGCGAGCGGCGCUCCGCGAGGAGCUAGCGAAUAACACGUCUAUGUACCGAGACGAGAUGAUAAAAUUUAUUCGCGAGAAGUUCGGGGUCGAAGUAUCUCCCACCACGAUGUCUAGAACCUUGAAGUCCAUUGGAUGGUCAAGGAAGGUCAAUGGCCGCGUAGCCCAACAACGGGAUUUGGACCUUCGAGACUUCUAUAUGUAUAGAGUCUCUGAGUAUAAAUCGUAUCAACUCGUAUUUAUCGACGAGUCGGGCUGCGAUAAGCGGACUGGCCACCGUCGGUACGGAUGGGCGCCGGUAGGUGUAACGCCCGUCCAGGUUGCUCGCUUUAGCCGCGAGCAGAGGUUCCAGGUUCUCGCAGCGUAUACACAGAACGGCGUAAAGCUUGCUCGAGUCUACUCGGGCUCAACCGAUGCUAGCACAUAUGAGAACUUUAUCGAGCAGCUCCUGUGCCACUGCGGGCGGUGGCCGGAGCCGAACUCGGUCCUGGUGAUGGACAAUGCCUCCAUUCACCACUCUGACAGGAUUAAGGAACUGUGUGCCAACGCAGGAGUCCGCUUGUGCUACCUUUCACCGUAUUCGCCCGACUUUAAUCCCAUUGAGGAGUAUUUUGCAGAGCUAAAGGCGUACAUUAAACGUCUACGGCCCCAGUACGCCGACCUGUACGAGAAGGAUUUCAUGGCCUUCGUAAAAAUAUGUGUAGAUGCAGUGGGGGUUCGAAGGGAAAGUGCUGAGGGGCAUUUUCGUCACUCUGGGAUUUCCAUCGAGUAUCCUCCGAAGUCAACGCCUUAA